CGUCCAGCAGGCUGUCAGGACUGGCGACGUCACGUGGUCACGUGUUGCCGACCCACGUGGUGAGGUGAAAGCGUGCGUCCCCGGCGGCUCCGCCCUCUCCCCGGGACAGUGGGAGACUUCCCAGCGGCUGAGGCGGACGGAGCUGCUCAUGAUAGCGGCCGCCACUGCUGAGCCAUGAUACGCCAUGAGGGCAGGAAGGGAGCCGCUACUAGGAAGUCUUCCCUGGACGGACAGUGCUGGGAGGAGACGGAGGUUGUCAGAAGUAGGAACCCGGCCGGCAAGUCCCUGCUCAGGGGGGACACCUCCAGGAGCACCACGGAGUCCGAAGUGUUUGAUGAUGGCACCAACACUUUCUUCUGGAGAGCCCACACACUAACCGUAUUAUUCAUCCUGACAUGUUCCUUGGUGUAUGUUACGUUACUUGAAGAGACGCCCCAAGACACAGCUUACAAUACAAAAAGAGGAAUCGUUGCCAGUAUAUUGGUUUUCCUAUGCUUUGGAGUGACUCAAGCUAAAGAUGGACCAUUUUCAAGACCUCAUCCAGCUUAUUGGAGGUUUUGGCUGUGUGUCAGUGUGGUGUAUGAGCUGUUCCUCAUCUUCAUUCUCUUCCAGACCGUACAAGAUGGAAGACAGUUCAUGAAAUUCAUUGACCCCAAAUUGGGAGUUCCUCUACCAGAAAGAGAUUAUGGCGGAAACUGCCUUAUAUACGAUCCCAACAAUAAAACUGAUCCUUACCACAAUGUAUGGGACAAGAUGGAUGGCUUUGUACCUGCACAUUUCCUUGGCUGGUAUAUAAAAACUCUAAUGAUAAGAGACUGGUGGAUGUGUAUGAUGAUCAGUGUUAUGUUCGAGUUCCUGGAAUACAGCUUGGAGCAUCAGUUGCCCAAUUUCAGUGAAUGCUGGUGGGAUCACUGGAUUAUGGAUGUAAUUGUAUGUAAUGGAUUUGGAAUCUAUUGUGGCAUGAAGACCUUAAAGUGGCUCUCCAUGAAACCAUACAAAUGGCAGGGCCUAUGGAACAUUCCUACAUAUAGAGGUAAAAUGAAGAGAAUAGCCUUUCAGUUCACACCAUACAGCUGGGUAAAGUUUGAAUGGAAGCCGGCAUCAAAUCUCCGCCGAUGGCUGGCGGUCUGCGGUAUUAUAUUUGUAUUUUUACUUGCAGAACUCAACACAUUUUACCUAAAAUGUGUCCUGUGGAUGCCUCCAGAACACUACUUGGUGUUGUUGCGUUUGGUGUUUUUCGUGAACGUGGGAGGAGUGGCCAUGAGGGAGAUCUAUGACUUCAUGGAUGACUUGAAGUUCCACAAGAAGCUGGGCCAGCAGGCAUGGAUGGUGGCUGCUAUCACCGUAACAGAGUUCCUUAUUGUUGUAAAAUAUGAUCCUUACACUAUAACACUACCAUUACCAUUCUAUGUCACGCAGUGUUGGAUUCUGGGUAUUGUUCUUGUCCUAGUGUGGACAGCAUGGCGAUUCUUCAUCAGGGACAUUACACUGCGUUAUAAAGAAAUUCGCCGUCAGAAACAAGAGUACAGACCUGAAGACGAGACGUUACCGGUUAAUGGGGAAACAAAUCCCGAAAGGAACUUAAUCAAACAAAAAAACCUCUGAACUUUCUACAACCAACUGUUCAAGUUCUCUCCUCCUACCCACCGCUACUGAACAUAAAUUGUACUUUUUAUAUUUUAAUGUAUUGGAUACUUCUGCUAUUUAAUAGUGAAACCCAUAAACCUCAUAUUUUGCUCACUUUUUUUUUUUUACUUAUUUUUUUUUCUUUUUCGCUCCCUCCCCUCCCUCCCUUUUGGAAUGGGAACUGGAAUUUUUGAAGGUCAAACCUGCUGACUUGCACCAGUGGAAAAAACAAAAAGAUAACCCACAUCUUAUGAUUUGCAGCUUUGGCAGUGAAGAAACUGAUGUUUUAAAUGUUGCAAAUAAUUUUAUGAAUUAACUUGUGGGAUUCUGUAUUUUUGUCCUUUUUUUCUUUUUUUUUAUAAUAAUGGUGGUAUAGUUUUGAGGACUUAAGUCACUAAAAUAUUCAUGUUUUAAUAUGUAGGUAUGAACAAAAAAGAUUGUGUUUAAGGGAAACAAAUUUAAUGUAUGUUAAGAUGGAUAAAUUUUCUAAAACCCA